AAGUGUUUGAAGAACGGCAAUAUCAUGUGUUAGAUUCACCCUCCACAUAUGUCUGUCUGUCGCUUCUGCAAGCGUAUAAGCAGUGGCAGUACGUCUAUUAUAAGCAAUGCUGACAUCGUUUUGUUAUCAAUUAUAAAUUUCCAAUUCGAUUGGUCAGCCAGCAGGCGUUGAGGGUGAAGAAUCGAAAUAGAAACAAAGGCAACAUGGUGACUGCAUUAGCCAACGUCCCAGCAGCCAAGAUACGAAAGUACAAAAGAAAACAAAUUGAUUAAAGUGCCAAUUGAAUGCGAGUAAAACAAUAAUAGUGAGCGAGCGUAAAUGUAUCGGUACGAGAAUAUGAAAGCAUACAAAACAAAGAGUAAAGGCAGAAGGUAGAGGAAAGUCGAGCCCACCUCCUAUAGGAAGAGCGAUAUAGUGGAACCUCUUAUACUGAUAAGACCGAUGAACAAAUGUAAAGAGAAUUAAUAGCCCAUUCGUGAAAUGCUAAAGAGUACAAAGAAACAAUUAAAAUAAAAACAGCAACAACAACAACAACAACAGAUCAGAGACUGUUAAAACCUUUACAAACCAAACCAAAAACAAAAUAUAGGUUUAUAUAGUAAACUAACUAAAGUGCAAAAAAAAAAAAAAAAAAAAAACGUGGAAGUAACCGGAGAAGGCGAAGGAGACAGACGACGUAAUUUCAAACUAUCUACUCAAGUCGAGUAGAGUGAGAGAACAAUUCAAAUUAAUGUUGACUAGGAAAAGACGUUAACGUUCAUUCGUUCAGUGCCGAUUGUGAAAUGGAAAAGAUAUCAUCGCAAAUGUUAAGGAAUUCAAAUAUUAACAACAACAACAACAAUCAAGCUGAUUAUAAACGGUCGACCAUAACAAACACCACCCCGUCCGAUAGCGGUAAUGCUAAUAAAGAUUUAUCUUUAACAAGGCAAAAACAGCAAGCGCACAGCAGCCAAGUGACUUUAAAUCGUAAUCGCAGCAGUUGUGGCAGUAGGAACCGUGUUAACUUCAACAUUGUCUUAUCGCCCACAAGUACAACCAUGUCUGCUGUGACGAUAACCUCUUGAUUUGUGUGUAUUGUCCUCCUUUUGUAUGUCUGUACUUCGUGUUGACUUGUUGUACGGUGCACACAGUUGUCGGCUGUGAAGUCCUUCAAAUUGAUUGACUGAAUUCGGUCGGAUGUCAGUGAAGUGUCCAUAUAAGGAACCGUCUCAACCUAUUUCUUCAACUCUAUUCAGCAGCUUCUAAAUGUGUGUAUUUUCCAUUGAAACAAUUAUAUCCGAACGUUUAAUAUGAUACUAAAUAUGUCGAAUAAAUUUAAUAACUUUCAACAUAUCGCUGUGAGUGUUUCGGCAGCCUCCACGUCUGCAAUGAGUAUGCAGGGGCCAUCUACUUCGGCGUCAUUAGCUGCUUCCAGCAAUGCUCUGUCGGCUCCAAAUAUAUUUUCGCAAGAUUCAAAUUCGUCUAUAAAUUCCAACUCUGCUUCCGGCAAAGCUGAACGCGAGUCCAUACAUUCGGGCCAGUUCAUGGUGUCGACAUUUGAAGCUGAAGAGGCACAAGAUGAUCUCGAUGACAGUGAAGUUAAGAUGCUCGAUCCUGAGGAUCCCAGCCUGUCGAAGCCGGACGAACCCAAUACAUGUAUGGAAGUACAGUUGUAUGUGCCGCGAAAGUUGGCACAGCAGAACAGAUAUGGUUUCAACGAAUCGGCAGGCUCCAUAACAUCACAUCUGGAGAUUGAGACCUCACUCACAAAGCUCUUUAAAUGCAUGAAUUUGGCUUACAGUCAAAAAUUGACCUCACCAAAGUGGAAUCAUUUUAAGGGAGUUCGUUUGCGUUGGAAAGACAAAAUUCGCCUGAACAAUGUCAUUUGGAGGUGUUGGCACAUGCAGUUUAUUCUUAAACGCAAAACCCCGGUCUGCCAAUUUGCCUCGCCUUUGGACGUCGAUAUUCACAGUAACCCCCAAAGUGUCGUACUUGAGGGAAAGUAUUGGAAACGCCAAUUGGCUGUCAUCAAAGCUGAGUACAGAAAAUGGAGAAGAAAUUAUAAAUCAAAGGUGACGGGAUGCCUCAUGUACGAUGUUAAAAGUGAAUUCGACUUCCUAGAAUGGACGUACCUGAAUGAUAAAAGUUUUUUGAUAUCUGAUGAUUGGACCAGCGAUACUUUGUUUUCGGCAAUAAAUGCUCCUUUUCCCUUUCCAGAUUCAAGAGAAAUUGCGCGAGAAGCUGGCAACGCUGAUUUUAUACAACCCAGUUUAGGACCGUUACAACCGAAUUUAGAUGACAUAGAUUUAACUUUUACAGGAACUGAACAUAUGGAGUCAAGCAAUAUGAUGGAUGUGUCCGCGUCCAACGUUGUUAGCAGCAUGGCAAAUGUAAACGAGGAUGCCAAUAUGAUGGAAUUGAAUACACCGAUGAAUGCCUUAGGUUACACCGAUCUCGAGCAACAGUUUGCGACGCGUAGUGCCGCCAACAACAAUGUUCAAAUGAUUGCCUCGUCGGACAAUCGAACAGAUCAAGGUGCUUUACAGACCUUGAAUACAGAAUACGCCAUUAUGGGCAGCACGCAAAAUUCCGGCAACAUAAUGAUGUCACAGGGAAAUGCCCAAACACAUCAACAGCAGCAAAUUGACGCCUAUGAUAAUUCAGGUGGACCUAGUGGAGCUACAAAUUCUCUAGGAUUGGUAGAGAACAGUAAUGUGAUUGGUAACAGCAGUAAUAUAAUAGGAGGGCGACAAAGCAAUAGCAACAGCAAUGAUUUUCCCGUGAAAAAAGGACGUAUAUCGAAAAAUUCCCAACGGCCGUUCAGACGCGAACCCCAUAAUUAUGACAAAGCCCAGCCAACUAUGCACCAGACUAAUAUCUACCAGCAAAUGUUAGCCGAACAUCAGAAGACGCUAAUGACUAACAAUUCUCUCCAACUUCAAGCAACAGCCUAUCAACCAACAAAUCAACAGCGGCAGCAGCAGCAACAGCAACAGCAACAACAACAGACACUUCAAACUACUAGUAAUACUUUCACACAAUCACCCCAACAGUAUACUACGAAUUUAUUGAGCAACUCUACGAAUUUUGUCUCCUCGGAAAGUAUGAUCGGCAACAGUAGUGGCGGUUCUGGCGCUAGCAGUGUUAUGGUAUCGGGCGGUAACGCAUUGAAUACAAAUCCCAAUAUUAAUACCGGAGUUUACGGAAUGAUGGGUACGUCAGCUACGCAAAUGAGUGGCAAUAAUCAAUCCAACAGCAGUAAUAUGCUGCAUAAUAUCAAAAUCGAGGGCACAUCGUCGGACGUUCGAAAUAUGUACAAUUUACCUCAGACCUCGGAUAGUUUUGUAAGCUCCAAUCAAUACAAACCAUAUACACACACAGGCAGCUUUAAGAAAUCGGCAUCAACUGGUACAUAUAUAAAUGUUCGAGGAUCAGCGCCAGGGAAUCAGCAUUACUAUAUGCAACAGCAGGGACAGAACCCGCCGGGAAAUGGUCCAGGAGCCCCCUUGCACGCACAAUCCUUACCACCGACUUUGGGUUUGCAUUUGCCAAAUCUGACGAAUGCCCUCCACCAACAGCAACAAUCCCAAACACUGCAACAUUCUGCACAACUGUCGCCACCAAAUAUGCAACAAGCCCAACAACAGUCUAGUCAUCGUAUAAUACCUCCGCAAUUGAAUAUGGGACAACAGACCCAACAGCCGUCAACGCAAACAAAUCUGCAAAGUAUGUUGUCCACUCAUUCACAGCAGCAACAGCAGCAACCACAAUCCCAACAGCCGCAACAGCAAUCAUCUCUUGGUCAAGGUCUAGCAUCAAGUAAUACAAUGCCAAAAGAAAUAUAUCGUUCGAAUAGCUUGCCCUUGAAUGUUACACUGGCCAAAAUUGAUCAGCGCCUAGGACAGCACGAGGGAAAUUUUAUCGUGCCCAAAAGUCAUGUAGUCAAGGCAAAUAAAACUCGUACCCGCAGCAAUUCAAUUCAUCAGCAUAUGAUGCAGUCUUCCACAUUGGCCUCCGCUUCCAAUACAAUGGGUGGAGGUGUUAGUUCCAGUGGAACAGGCGCAAGUGUGAUGAUCAACAGCAACUUCCUUGGUAUGGGUCUUAAUGCUCAAUUGCAAAGUGCUACCAGCGAUCCCAUGAUAAGUAGCCCGUUGGCACAUCUCCUAACGACAAAUAAUCGGAUGCCGCCGCUAAGCAAACAGCAAAGUGUAUCGACAAGUGCCAUAUCGACAACGCCAAGCAAUGUUAUUCAACAGACACCACCAGCAAUACCAACACCUCAAAUAAACGUACAAAACAAAGGAAAUCCACGUUCAGGAACAGGUCCCAAGGGUAAUUUGUAUAUGUCGCCGGCACAACAGCAGCAAUCUACACCAUCCCCACCCUCACCUACAAUGGUCAAUAGUUCGGGGUCCAUAAUUCAACAACACCACCAACAACAACAACAAUGUAAACAGUUGGUUCAACAACAACAACAGCAGCAACAACAGCAUAUGCAGCAUCAUCAGAAUGUACAUAAAUCACCCAAGAAAUCCACAUCAUUGCCAGCACCUGCGGCCCCAUCAAUGCUUAGUAGUCCGCCUGCCAGUAAAAUGUUAAGUUUUCCCCUGACGGCAAGUUCGCAAAAUGCUUGUUCAGCAAACCUAAGUCUAUCGCCAGAAUCAUUUCAUGACCAAGAUUCACCUUUAUCGCCCACUCAUAGUCUGAAGUAUCCACGUGAUAGUCAACGCCGGGCUGGUCACAUACAUGCCGAACAAAAGAGACGUUACAACAUUAAAAAUGGUUUUGAUCAACUACACGAUCUUAUACCGCAGCUUCAGCAAAAUAAUGCUAAGUUGAGUAAAGCUGCAAUGUUGCAGAAAGGAGCUGAGCAUAUCAAACAUUUACGUAACGAACGGAAUAUACUCAAGGAACGUAUGGAUGCCUUACGCAUGGAACGUGAUGCCCUAAACAACUCGCUGACUCAUCUACACUCAAGUUUACCAGCCAAUGGGGCACCAGUUACACGACAGGGUACCGAACAUGUGCGACAGUUAUAUGAGCAGUAUGUGCGUACACGCACACAAGAAAAUUGGAAAUUUUGGAUUCUUGGUCUUAUCUUGGAGCCAUUGCUAUCAUCCUAUACAUCAACAGUCUCCAGCGCCAGCCUUGAUGAAUUAAGGCGUACAGCUUUCCUCUGGGUGGAUCAACAUUGUUCGCUGAUUGAUCUUAGACCCGCUGUUUCCAAUAAAUUGAAGUACCUUUCAAUGAAGACCGACAUCUUGUCUGAUCCACCAUCAGCCCUGCGAGAUGAAGUGGCAAAGGCGAUCAACAACACAAGUGGUCAACAUCCGAAUUUACAUGGAACAUAGGAUUUUGAAACCCCGUUAAAGUUUUUACUAUCUACUGUAGUUUUUGUUAUUUUUGUUUUGUUUUUAUUUUAUUUUUUCUGCUUUAUUUUACGUCUAAACUUCUUGUAGAAAAUGUAUAGAAAUUAAGAAAGAAAAAAACAAAGUGAUAUAUUCAAAUGAUUUUUUGAAAAUAUAGUUUCUUUUAGUUCCAACGUCUCGUUUUUGUUCCAAGAGUUUUUGUUUUCAUUUAAAAUAAUAUAUAUGCGUUUCGUAAAUGUAUAUACAAACCUUGUACAAAUUGCUUAUUUUUGUAUUCAACCAAAAAAUUGGGUAAAAAGAAAAACAUUAAGAGAAAAUGUGCCUAAAUUGUAAUACUAGUUAAUCUGAUCUGAAAUGAUUGCAAUAAUAAUAAAAAAAUACAUUUAAAUUGUUGAGUUUUUUUUCUUCUUCACAUACUUUACGCAUUUGAGGAAAUAAACACAGUUUCAUCCAUCUGUUCGUCAUAUAGAUUUUCAUAUAUUUUUCAAUCUUAAAACUAUAAAGCUUAAUUUAGUUUUUGAAGUGGUUUGCUAAUUCGUAAAAAACAGAUCAUAUAUCUCAUUUAUUCCAUGUAUAAAUAUUAUUAAGGCAGAAUUAUUUUAAAGCAUAUUUGUUUCAAUGUGUUUUUUUUUUUUUUUUUGUUUACGUUUAGUAGUUCAAAUUCUUACAACCCUUACAAAAUCAGUUAUAUUAUUAAAAAAAGUAUUUGCAUUUAUUAAAAAAUGGACCAUUUGUUGUCUGCUGUUGGAUAUUUGUAUCAAUUAAGUAAUUAAUAACAUAUUAAGUUAUGAUUUUGAAAACAUACAAUAAUGGACAUGCAUACAUAUUUCAAUAAAAUUUAUGUGUAAAA